CUCCCUGAUUCUGGAGUAACAGCGUGGUCCUCCUGCCUGCCGUCAGCCAGGAGCAGAGGUGACUACGAAGAGGGCUUCAGGGACAGUGAGCCGUUGACCUUGUUUUGGAGUGGGUGUACCAAAGGUCUGUUUUGGGAGAUGUGAGCCGGGUGAAUGGUUAACGUCCUGUCUGUGGUAAUGUGUGAGUGUGUGUGUGUGUGUACUGUAUGUGUCUGUGAGUGUGUGUGUGCUGUAUGUAUGUGAGUGUGCUGUGUGUUUGCGCUGAGAAAAAAGGUCCUGAUAUUGAGAAGGAAAGGGUGAGAUCGCCGGACAAGAGAGGAGGAUUCAGAGAGAGACAGAUCAGCGCAGAGACGGGAGAAACAGAGCAAACGGAAGACCUACCGGUGAGCGCAGGCAGGGUGUCAGACCCUCGGACUGAAAGAGUGAAAGAGUGGACCCGUUAAGGAGUUUGUGUAACUGUCAACUCGUUAAGGAGCUUGUGUAACGGUCAACCCAUUAAGGAGUUUAUGCUUCUCAAUAGCUGGUGCUCUCCCAAACUUUGGUGAUCUGUGUGUGUCCCAGGCACACAAGUGACUGCACCUGACCACACCUGAACAUACUUGAGGAUUGUGACGAACAGAAGAAGCAUCAGCAGCUGUACUAGCAAUAGCUGUAGCUCUAGCUUCAACAGUUGCAGCAUUAGCAGUAGCAUUAGCACCAACAGUAGCUCUAGCUUUAACAGUAGCAGCAUUAGCAGCAGCACUAGCAUUAGCCACCAUGGCUUCGGCAGCCCUGGAGCUGAUGGGCUUCUUCCUGGGCCUCCUGGGCAUGGUGGGGACCCUGGUGGCCACGGUGCUGCCGUACUGGAAGACCUCGGCCUUCAUCGGCUCCAACAUCGUGACGGCGGUGGCCAACAUGAAGGGGCUGUGGAUGGAGUGCGUGUACCAGAGCACUGGGACCUUCCAGUGCGAGACCUACAACUCCAUGCUGGCCCUGCCCUCCGACCUGCAGGCGUCCCGGGCCAUGAUGGUGGUGUCGGGGGUGCUGUCGGUGCUGGGCUGUGCGGCUGCCAGCCUGGGCAUGCAGUGCACCGUGUGUCUGGAGGGGACGGCGGGCAAGGCCAGGGUGGCGGGGGCCGGGGGCUGCCUCUUCCUGACGGCCGGCCUCUUCUGCCUGAUCCCCGUGAGCUGGACCACCCAUGAGGUGGUGCAGACCUUCUACCAGCCCAACCUGCCCUCCAGCUACAAGCACGAGCUGGGGGAGUGUCUGUUCGUGGGCCUGGCCUCCGCCCUCAUGUCCCUGCUGGGCGGGGGGGUGCUGUGCAUGUCCUGCUGUGAGGGGCCUGACGGGCGGAGGGGGGGAGGCAGGAGGCAGGGAGGGGGGUAUCCGUACCCCGAACGUGGAGCCUCCUUCCCCAGGCCCGCCCCCCACCCCAUGACCUACCGCAACCCCACGUCCACCUCGCAGCCCGAGGGCAAGCCCCAGAGGCCGGAGCCCAGCCACCUGAGCACCAGCAGCCAAUCCAGCGGCCCCGUCCAGGCCUCGAAGAAAUCGCCUCGCCACCACCCCGCGGCGGCUGGCUAUGAUGUCACGGGCUACGUCUGAUGAUGUCACAACUCACUCAACCUGAUCUCUGUAUCGCCGUCUGACUCCUUUCCAGCACCAGGAAGAGACCCUGCUUCAGCCGUGGACCCACGACACCACAACAUCAACAUCAAGAGGAGCUACAUCACAGCCAUAACAAACAAGGUUUGCCAAUACUCUUGACUCAUGCCACAUGAGAACUGAAAAUUGUGGAUGGCAACAGACAAAAUGACCGGACAGGAUCAAAAUACAAUAUCUCACAGUCUUCAGUGACCUGCACG